AUGGCUGUGGCUUACGAUGAGCUCUUGGCGCCAUAUAAAUUCGCUAGCGACAAUGUAUCUGGGACAAGUGACGCUUUGUACCCAAAUCCAGAACUUCUGUUCGAUGAGAGCGGAUCGUCAUCCUUCAUAGAUGACGCUUCGAUGUCUUCAUCGGGAGUCGAUGAUGACGCUAUUUUGGAGAGUGACGCGGAUUUGAGAGGACGUGACGCUAUAGAUAACAUCAUGUACAUCUAUUAUGGGUCUAACUACGGUGCCAAACAGGGAUUUGGUAUCGAACUAGUCAUUAUCGGUUGCGUUUGUGCUCUGGCUGCUCAAUCCAUAACUGUGAUACUGCUAUGUUUGAGGAAUAGAAGACUCAAGAAAAUGAACGCACUAUUUCCAGUUGUUUUGAAUUUAACGAGCUGUAUAUGCGUUACUAAUCUAAUAUUCAUCAUAGGAAUACAAUCAACUCGUCCGCCUUUGCGUUGCGAAAUGACUGCCCUGGUUUUGCACUACGCCCAUUUAGUUGUGGCAGCAUGGAUAUUUGUCUACUGCCACGCAAUUUCAGACCAUGUCACUGGGAACGAUUCUGCCUUCAAUAUGAGAUACAACUGUUUGAUGGCUUACGGAGCUCCUGCAGUAUUCGUUCUGUUCGCAUAUGCUGUGACACCAGACAGUUACGAAUCAAAGAACUACUGUUGGAUGUCCGCUCAGAAAGGAAUGUUUUUGAACUACAUGCUUCCUGUAACUUCGUUGAUUAUAGUAAACACUGUUUUUGCAACAUUUGCUUUAAAAUCUGUGAACCAAAAAAUUCAAAAUGCCUUAACUGUCAGUAUAGAAAGCAUUCUGGAUCCUGCCAAUGUACCAAAGAUUAUAACUUCAGAACUGAAUUUGGAUGAGGAGUUAUUAUUCGAAGCCUCUGAAUGGAGAAGUGAUUUCAAAAAUAAAAAUUUAAUGAAAAGUAAUUUAAAUAAACCACUGGAUAUCCUAGAUAGCGAUCAAUAUCAAAAAACCUUAGACAGUUUAGAGAAAACCAAAACUACAGAUCAGAAAAACCUGAACAUAUACGUAGACAUAGAAAAUGCUAAAUAUUCUGCCGAUAACCCAAACAUUUUUUAUGAAAUUGGUACAAGUAAAGAUUAUGAAUACCAAACAGUUGUAGAACAUCCUAAAGAUACGGAAAAGGUUCCGUACUAUGACUGCUGUGACCACCACCACCGUUCAAAUAAUGAUAGACUUGGUGAUUUAGCAAGUGUUUCCUUAGGCGAUUUUUCGCUGCAAAGUAGCGAUUUUCCAGAACUUAGUGACUUUAGAAAAUGUCUAAGAUUUGCAAUAUUUUUGCAACCUGCUUAUGAUGUUUGCUGGUUUCUGGGUGUGGUAGCUGUAGAGAAUGCUACCAGCUCCAAUGUUAUGCCUGUGGUCUUCAUUGUAUGCUUCAAUAUUUUGAGCUGGGUAAUAUUCGCGCGUUCUGCAUCGCUAUGCCCCUUAAUCAACCGCAAUUCAUCUACUGAAUCAGGCAACUCGGAAACAUCUUCUACUCAUAAUUACCACAAUUGUUAUGAUACAAUAAAUUCCAGAGGUGGUUCAUCCUCCAAGCAGAGAAGCUGUUCCAUGUCAGAUGAUAUCCCAUUAUUACUCAAUGCUUCUAGUCCGUACAGUUCAGCAUACCGAGCAGGAAAUGCAGACAAUGAAUUGGCAACCACAGAAUUGGCUUCUUGUUCUAGAUCCAUGACUGGUGCAGACGUCAUAUGCACCAUAACAAAUUAG